AUGCUGUUUUAUUAAUUUUUUUUUCGGGUCAAAAAUGGCUGCCGGUCCCAUCUAACCCUCCUCAGCAAGGAUUAACCAGGCCAUAAAUAAACUGCAAAGAGCGGGGUUGUUUCCGGACGGAGCUCUGGUCGGAGCACCGGGGGCGUAGCGUGCGCAGCGCCCGCACAAAGAUGAUGCUGCUGCUUCCAGAGGGGACAAACCUUUACGAGACAGAAUGAACCCGUUCCAACACAACACCCAACAAUAAAUGAGAAAAAUGAUGCACCGAUUGAGCAGCAGCACCAGUGACUUCUGUAUUGGUGGGCUGGCAGAGGACUGCCACCCAGCCAGCCACUUUGAUUUAUGCAGCACCCACUCCAACAAGUUUUAUGGCUCUCCAACAAACCCUGGUUUGCAGCUGUCCCUCGCCAGUCUUACCCCUUUGCCACAGGGAAUACACAAAGCCAUGACAUGCCAGCUGCAGGAGACCCAAGGUGACUUCCAACCACAGGCGGUGAGAAUCGGAGCCGGCGAGGCCCUGGCGCCUGAUGGCCCCAAGAAAAAGAAAGGUACAGUUAAAUCAGGGCGGAGAGGGAGGCCUUCGGGGACUACAAAGUUGGCUGGGUACCGCACAAGUACUGGACGCCCACUUGGGACGACCAGAGCGGCCGGAUUCAAAACCAGCCCAGGGAGACCCCUGGGGACCACCAAGGCAGCGGGAUAUAAAGUCAGCCCAGGCAGGCCGCCCGGCAGCAUCAAGAGUCUAGCUCGUCUCAAAAAGCUGGAGUUUGGCUGUGAUGCUGCAAAAACACUUGACUUGAGCAACUGCAGCAUUCCCAAGAAACUGGACUUCCCUGGCAGCGAUGUUCCACCUUUUCCGUACGCCAUCAUGGAAAGUAGAGAUCUCUGUGAUGCCAGCAGCAAAGUGGAUGAACCCGGCGAAUAGCUCAGCAGACGUCUCUGUUGAUUUGUUGCAUGAGCAUGCGUCAGAAAACCUUUUUUUUUUAAAAAUAAAGAAACUAUCACCUUUCACUCACAUCUAAUAAGUGAAUCAAAGUGUAAUUAUCAAUGCAGUAAUUAAUGCAUGCAAAAAAAAAAAAAAACAAUCAUCAGAAAAAGCAAAAAAAAAAGUCAUAAGUAGCAAUUCAAACUUUAUGUCAGAGUUGUUUGUUCCCUCUGUCUGGGCCAGCUCAAGGUAUAAGUCAAAAUUGAAUCUUCUUAGAAACCCAAAUUAAAUUUUCAUAACAUGGUGACCAUGUUAAAUGAAAAAAGUAUAUAGAGAUCAAUUAAAGUUUUUUUUUUUUAAAUGAGCACUCUGUCUGCAUUACUAUUUAUUUAAUAAUAUAAAGGAACUUUUGAAACUGCAUUAUGUUAUAGUCAAAUAACUUAAUGUUCGUUCACUAGUCGACUGAAAUAGAAACUAGUUGGAGGCAGAAGGUAAAACUGUCCAAGCAUGGACAUUAUGAUGAAUUGAAGGUGGGCCCCCAAAUGAAACUCUGCUUCAGGCCUCAUGAAUCCUUGAGCCGGCCCUGGCUCCACAACAUUUUUUUUUAUGUAUUUUUGUUCUAGUUUUACUUUCUGAAACAGAUCAACCAGCUCACUUCCUUGACAGAAAAUGUUUUCAAACUAGUCUACUUGUACAGUAUGUGUUUUAUUUUGUUUUAUAACCCAGCACCAAAGCUAAGCAGAUGGGUUUGACCUACCAGUUUCAGUUUUGACUGAUUCAGAUUUUCUUGCUGAAGACACAUUUAUGGGGACAAAAAUGGCUCUGGGUUAUUUUAUAAACAGAUUGUCACCGUCAAAGCAUUUGUCCCUAAAUUUUUGUGAUUUCUAUUGAGGCUAAAUAGUGGAUACUUACAGUUCUUUAAUACAUUUAGAGCCUGAAAAUGGUGGGAUUUAUUAGUUUUGGUUCUACAACAGGAAAGAAAAUGACCAUCUGUGGCAAAUUGAUCGGUGCAUCUCUUCAAACAAUUUGUGUUUGAAUUUUUUGAUUAGCUUCUACUGUUAUAACCUUCUCCUUUUUGAGCACAGUGUUUAUUCUUUCUGCACUUUGUAAAUAUAGAUGUCUUUCCUAUUUGUUAUUGAACUUAUCAUAACCACUUCCAUUUUUACGUAGUUAUACUUGUCACUAUUGAAAAUCAAAAAUAUGCAUUGUGGAUUAUAUAAUAAAUCCUAAUGUGCUGUAUGUGAAACCACAAUAAAAAUCUUUUCAAGAA